AUGAACACCUUGUCGCGCCGCAUCCCCUCGCUGCUCCGCACAGCCGGCCCUUCGUCCGUAUCCUCCUCUUCCGGCUCAGCAGCAUCGAGUCUGCGGAGUGGCGCUCUCGCAGCAUCGCAGCGUCUGACCGCCGGUCGAGGAUAUGCUACCGAAGCGGAGGAGAGUGCAGGAGCAGUGAGCUUCAAGUUGAGCGAGGAGCAGGAGGCUCUGCAGGACCUCGCUCGCAAGUUUACGGCAGACGAGAUCACUCCCAUCGCCGCACACCAUGAUAAGACGAUGGAGUACCCCUGGGAGGUCAUCAAGAAGGCCCACUCCGUCGGUCUUCUCAACACCCACAUCCCAGAGGAAUUUGGUGGUCCUGGUCUGGGUCUGAUGGAGUGUUCCCUCAUAUCUGAAGAGCUGGCCUUUGGCUGCUCCGGUAUUCAGACGGCAAUCGAGGCCAAUGGACUGGCUGAAGCCCCCAUCCUGGUUGCAGGCAACAAGGAGCAGAAGACCAAGUACCUGGGCAGGAUGACCGAGGAGCCUCUCGUCGCCUCGUACUGUGUCACUGAGCCUGGAGCCGGUUCAGACGUAGCUGGAAUUUCCACUCGUGCAGAAAAGAAGGGUGACAAGUGGGUCCUCAAUGGUAGCAAGAUGUGGAUCACAAACGGUGGUCAUGCCAACUGGUACUUUGUCCUGGCCAAGACCGACCCUUCGGCCAAGGCUACCAAGUCCAUGACCGGGUUCAUCGUCGAUGGAGACUCGCCAGGUAUCGUCAAGGGCAAGAAGGAGAUCAACAUGGGUCAGCGUUGUUCCGACACUCGUAUGAUCACAUUCGAGGACGUUGAAGUACCCGAAGAGAAUGUCCUUGGCAAGCCUGGAGAUGGGUUCAAGACAGCCAUGGGCGCUUUCGAUAUCACCCGACCCCUCGUGGCUGCUGGUGCCACGGGUGUAGCGCAGCGCGCCCUCGUCGAGGCAGUCAAGUACGCCCAAGAGCGAAAGACGAUGGGCCGACCCAUCAUUCAGCAUCAAGCCAUUGCAUUCAUGCUUGCCGACAUGGCCAUGGACGUGGAAGCCGCUCGAGGAAUGGUCUGGAAGAGUUGUUGGCAAAAGGAUCACGGACUACGAAACUCCUACUAUGCCUCCAUUGCCAAGUGUCUCGCCUCGCGUGCUGCCGUAGCCAAUGCCGAUCGAGCCGUGCAGGUGUAUGGUGGAAUGGGAUUCAAUUCCGAGUCGCCAGUCGAGAAGCUGUACCGUGAUGCUAAGAUCUUUGAGCUCUACGAGGGAACUUCGCAGAUUCAGAGGUUGAUCAUCUCGAGGAUGAUCGAGGAGCAGUACAAGCUGUAA